AUGAGGGGUGGUGGUGGAUGGUCCCCCUGUCUGCGAGCCCUGGGUGGACAAAGGGGCUUCCGGAAAGAGAGGAGGAGGAUGGCCAGUGGGAAUGGGCUCCCCUCAUCCUCUGCCCUGGUGGCCAAGCGCCCCUCCGCCCUGGGCCCAUUCCCCAGACACACCUGGAUCCACCAGGACACACCCCAAGACAGCUUAGACAAGACUUGCCAUGAAAUCUGGAAAAGAGUUCAAGGCCUGCCCGAGGCCUUGCAGCCCAGGACCUUGAAGGAACAGCUCUCCACCCCUGUGGCUGGGACUUCAAGAGACAACGGACUCAGCUUCCAGGAAGAAGCUCUGGAGCUCAGCCGUGACAAAGAUGAGAUCUCCCUGUUGGUGGAGCAGGAAUUCUUGAGCCUGACCAAAGAGCACCUCAUCUUAGUCACAGAGACCUCUGGGGAGCUGGAGGUACCCGGCACUUCCCCUGAGGGGCCCAGACAGCCGGCUCCCUGCCUUCUUGCACCUCCCCCACUGGCAGACAGCAGUGAGUACCCAGGAGCUGACAUCCUUGCCGCCGAUACCCUUCUGGAUCCGAAGGUGGCCAUGUCCAUGAUCAGCAGCCGGCAGGACUGCGAUUCUGUCAUGUCUACAGUCACGGGCAUUCUGCGUGCUGCCAAGGUCAAGAGUGUUAAGGGGACAGAAGACGGGGGCCACAUCCUGGGCGCCUCCAACUCAGAAAUCAACAAGCUCCUGGCGCAGUUCCCCCUGAGGUCCACAGAGACAGCUAAGGCUCCUGACAACAAGGUGGUGCUGGAGGAGACCAGGGCCAUCAAAGACUUCCUGCAGAACAGCAUGUUCAAUGGGCCGGGACCCAGGGAAACCACAGGACUAGGCCCCUUCCUCCUGCUGCCGCCCCCGGCUCCCGCACCCCCUGACAAGCUUCCUGAGCUCCCUGCUCAGAAGAGGCAGCUCCCGGUGUUUGCCAAGAUCUGCUCCAAGCCCGAGGCUGAGUCCACUGUGGAGGGGCACCUCUUAAUGGAAUGGAACUCUGGCAUCAAGGAGCCGACCAAGGGUCGAGAGAGCCUCUUUCUCAGUCAGUGGCCCCAGAGCCGGAAGGACACCUGCGGUGAAGAGGGGUGCAGUGACCCAGUGGGCUCUGUGACCACGGCCCUACCAGCCAAGAAGCCUGCGUGGCCGGCUGAGAAGAACCUGCUCUAUGAGUUUCUUGGGGCCACCAAAAACCCAAGCAUGCAGCUAAAGCUUCGCAGCAAAGUGGAGGUGGACGGGCUGGAGUUGAAACUUAACCCACCUGUGACGGUGGCCGACAAGAGCAACCUCAAGUACACAGGGAAUGUUUUCACCCCACGCUUUGCUACAGCCUUGACCUCAGCCACCCUGAACCAGCCACUCUGGCUCAACCUGAACUACCCGCCUCCUCCUGUGUUCACGAAUCACUCUACCUUCCCGCAGUAUCAGGGCCUGUACCCGCAGCGAGCAGCUAGGAUGCCCUAUCAGCAGACCCUGCCUCCCCAGCUGGGCUGUUACUCCCGACAGGUGACGCCGUACAAUCCACAGCAGAUGGGACAGCAGAUUUUCCGCUCUUCCUACACUCCCCUACUGAGCUACAUUCCCUUCGUCCAGCCCAACUAUCCGUACCCUCAGCGGACACCUCCGAAGCUGUCCACCAAUCCCCGAGACCCUUCCCCCAUGGCAGGAGAUGGGCCACAGUACCUCGUUCCCCAGGCAUAUGGGUUUGGCUCGACGGCUGGCGGGCCCGUGAUGAACAGCCCAUAUUUUUCCUCCAGUGGGAAUGGCAUAAAUUUUUAG